CACGGUAAGGUCUACACCUGUUGUAUUCGGCACACAUGACAAAUAAAAUUGGAUUCGAAGUAAGCAUUUUACUGUUAGUCUACUCCUGUUGUUUAUGAAGCUUCUGACAAAUACAAUUUGAAAAAACAAACUCAAUAUACUCAACAUAAUACAAUUAUUCAAACCAAAUCAAAACUGUGUGGAAAUGUUGAUCGCCCUCUAUUCAUACAGUGUCUUGACUGUCCAGCUCGCUAAUAAUCACUAGACAGUUGGGGUUCAUCGAAAAUAACCCUAAGCUAUGGUCAGAGGACAAUUUUUUAGCAGAUUUGGAAUGCAAGGAAAUAACCCAUUUUCAGUGCAGCCGUCUGGACCUCGUUGAAGACCGAACAUAUCCCCCAGGGCAAAAUGACUCUGGACACCCCUGUCCUAAAAUGUGUUUUUGGUCUAAGAGUAACGUUAUACUUAAGCAAUAAGGCCAGAGGAGGUGUGGUAUAUCACCAAAAUACCACGGCUGUCAGCCAAUCAGCAUUCAGGGCUCAAACCACCCAGUUUAUACUAUAUGAUUUUGUAUUAGGUUCUGUUAUUAUGUUAAAUGUUAUGUAGAAUACUAAUAAAACAUGUGCCUUUAGUGAGCAAGCCUCACUGUGAGAAGUGACGAAGCUUCUGUUUCAUGCAGUCAGUUCUUCUACUGUCGGGAGAAAAGGUAUUGCAUAUUAAUAUAGGUUAUGUUAAUUGCACGUAAAGAAAGGUUGCUUCUCUGCCACACCCACAACGCGAGCACAAUCAUGGCCUCUGAUUCGCAGGUGGACACGUUGGAACAGACUCCGGGUCUGUUUCUGUGGCAUCAGAAACGCUAAAAGGCUCAUGGUUAGUGUAGUUUUUUGUGCUCUCUGAAACGGCAAAAACAGUGGUUGAAACAUUCAUAAACGAUGGGCACUAGAUCAACAUUCGAAUUGCUUUGCAACCUCAGGAGACAAUAGAACGCCUACGCUGCACAAUAAUAACAUCACUAUCGCUAACAUAUCUCAUGGUUUUUUCAUGAUGAUUCCUUUAGUAAAAGGGAGUUAUGAAAUCUGAAGACACAUUAAGUUAACUGAAACACAUUCAACCAAUCAUAUUUACUUUUCUAACAUGAACUUCUGCGCUGCACAGGUGUGUGAAUUGUCUUACUUUUGUCUUUUUAGUGUUUCCUUAACACAGAAGAGGACGCUGUUAUGCCUAAAUUCGACCCAAAACCAACAAAGAAGUCUGCAGUGUCGAGAGCGGUUGUAGGGGACCAAUCAAUAUGUCAGGAGAAGCUCUAAACCAGCCCACACUUCAUUUCUAUCUAGUACGAGACUGAACUGUGUGUUAUAUGGAUCCAAGCUGAUAGUUUUUUUUUUUAUCUACAGAAAUUGUGCCCACUGGGGGAGCAAGUCAACUUGGUUGAAUCAACUUUCAUUUUAACCCCAAAGAAUCUGUGAUGAUGUUAAAUCAAUGUGGAAAACUGAUUACUUACCUACUGUUCACCUAAUGCCUUUUUUUUGCACUGUUGGGUAGAGCCUGUAAGUAAGUAUUUCACUGUUCACCUGUUGUGUUCAGCGCACGUGACAAAUAAACUUUGAUUUGAUUUGAUUUGAUGUGGAAAAGUGAUUGGAUUUGCAAAAAAGGCAUCAAUGUAAGGCAGGGGACUCCAACCUUUCCAGCUCGAGAGCUACUUUAAAAAAAUGUGUCUUAAGCUACUCAUUUUAUUCUAGCUUUCAAAUAGGAACAUCCUUCUCUUCUUCUCUCCUGUGAAACUCUUCCCCAAGUCCUUAAUGUACAAGAUAAAGUAAUACACUGUUUUCUGUCAAUAUACCUGGUAAAAUAAUGGUUAAUAAACCAUGCUAAGGUGGGUCCCCCAAAUUCUGUUUUAGAUUUUUCCAAAUUAUGUUUUCAAAAUGUAUUUAUUUUUCCUGGUUUUAGAUUUUCUUUGUUUUUCACUAUCAAAAUUACAAUUUGUGAGAGAAAAUAAAUACUGAAUGUUGUGAGUCCUUGUCAAUGCUUGAAUCACAUCAGAAGUAAAACAUUUAGGUCUGGUCCUUUAGACACCGAGGGGUGCACGUUUUGGUUUUUGCUACGCAGCUGAUUCAGCUGAUUCAAAUGAUCAAAGAUGGAUGAUUAUUUGAAUCAGCUGUGUAGUGCUAGGGCAAAAAGCAAAAUAUACAACCGUUUUGGGUUACGAGGACAGAGUUUGAGAAACGCUGAGCUAAAAUAUCUACAUUUGUUAGUUUUCUUCCAGACCUAAAAUGUUUGACAAAAAAAUUGGUCACUCUCCAAAAGGGUCAUGGCUAGAAGGGAUCCAGCUUUUGUCAAAUGUACAUCAAAGGCUAUCAUCUGUCCACUAAUACUGAACUAGUAUAGGCCCAGUGCACUACGUUUGUGAGAAAAAUAAGUGUCAGAUGUUUUGUAUUUUUUAUCAAUAAAUAAAACAAUACUCCAUUUUUUGUGGGGGUGCUGCAGAAAUCCUAUGGCCCAGUGCAUAUUUCUGCAGGCAAGAAGGAGAGGCUAUAAGGACAUUCCUGACCUGCAAAAUGUAACCCUGAAACUAACCCUAACCUUAACAUAAUUUUAUCAAAUUCUGAAAUUAAAUAUUGUUUGUACCAGGAGUGUCUAAAUAGCCUUUUUGCAGGCAAGAGGUUGGGUUGAUUUACCUCCACCAUGCAAUCCCAAUGACUCUGAGCCUGUUCUCCUCAGAGACCACUAGAUGGCGAUGCCCCGGUUGUUUCUCAGCAUUCUGCUGAACUCACAAUUGACUGUGUUCCUGCCAAGUGAAGCCCAAAAGCAAACCCCUCCCCCUCACACUUCCAGCCCGAGCUGCCCAGCUUAUCCCGGUGUCCCUGGCAUACCUGGUCAUAACGGUCUGCCUGGGAGAGAUGGGAGGGACGGGCAUGACGGAGUCACAGGACCCAAGGGAGAGAAAGGACACCCUGGAGGAAUAGGGGUACAGGGACCCCCUGGUGAUGUGGGGCCAGCUGGACCUAAGGGGGAGAUAGGGGAGCCAGGAGAUGCAGGAGGCAACAGUGUGAUCAGCCAUUUACUCGCUGAGAUCCAACAGCUCAAAGCCAGACAGGCUAAUCUUGAGAAGGCUGCAAGCUUCAGGGUCUUCCAGAAGGCAGGGGACAAAUAUUUAGUGUCCAAUGGAGUGCUGGGGAGUUUCGAUGAAGGUUUGAAGUUCUGCAACAACGUUGGUGCGACGCUGGUCAUGCCAAGGAAUGAUGUGGAGAACCAAGCGCUUUCCAAAUUCAUUGUUGGUGCUUCUUAUGGUUUCCUGGGAGCAACAGACAGGAAAACAGAGGGUGUUUGGGUAGAUUUGAAUGACGAGCCACUGACAUAUCUGGACUGGCACAGUGGGGAACCAAACAGUGGAGGUAAUGGUAUAGAAGACUGUAUUGCAACAACCACCUCUGGACCUUGAGUUGAUAUUUCCUGUGAUGCAAACAGUGUUAUAAUAUGUGAAAUUUAAACAUUUAAAGAUGGGAUUUUUUUUCCAUAAAAUCACUGACCUACAUUUUAAUUGCUACUAAAUGAAUAUUCAAGCAAAUUAUCUUACCAAAUCUUAAAGGGCAAUACUAAUAUAUCACAACCAUCCAGCAGACACUGUUUAUAAGAGCUGCAAAUUCUUUACAGACGGUCAAUAAAAUGAAUAAAAAAGA